AUGGCUUAUUGUGGACCCUCCUGUGCUGUGCCCUCUUGCGCCUCCGCCCCAGUGGUUGGCUUCGGAUCAGCUGGCUCCAAAGGUCUCGGUUGGGGCUAUGGCGGUCUUGGCGGUCUUGGCUAUGGCUUGGGCUAUGGCUCCGGAGCUGGCGCCUUGGCCGAGUCCUCCGGAAGCCUGGGCACCCUGGCCGGAGUCAUCCCCUCCUGCAUCAACCAGAUCCCACCAUCCGAGGUGACCAUCAAGCCCCCUGCAGUCGUGGUCACCAUCCCCGGCCCCAUCCUGUCUGCCAGCUGUGAGCCCGUGGCCGUCGGAGGCAACACCCCAUGCGCCCCCGGAGGUAUCGGAGGUACCGGAGGCUUCGGAGGAUACGGACGCGUCGGUGGCUUCUACGGAAGCAACCUGGGACGUCUCGGUCACCGUGGCAGCCUCUGCUCUCUGCCCUUCCUAUCACCAGACAUGCCUUACUGUGCACCUUCUUGUGCCGUCCCAUCCUGCGCUUCCGCCCCAGUCGUCGGACUUGGGUCAACUGGAUGUGGACCUUGGGGAUACGGCUACAGAGGAUAUGGCUAUGGAGCUGGCGCCCUGGCUGAAACUUCCGGAAGCCUGGGCACCCUGGCCGGAGUCAUCCCCAAUUGCAUCAACCAGAUCCCAGCAUCCGAGGUGACCAUCCAGCCCCCUCCAGUCGUGGUCACCAUCCCUGGUCCCAUCCUGUCCGCCAGCUAUGCUUCCUCUGCGGUUCCAUGGGUACCUUCCUCCCAGAAGACCACCGUAACCCUUGAAGCCAAGACCGCCAUAGCCCCAGCCGCCAUAGCCCCAGCCGUCAUGGCCCCAGCCGCCUCUCAGACCGGAGCCACCGAUGGCACAUGGGGUGUUGCCUCCGACGGCGACGGUUUCUUGGCCUCCAGCCAAACGUUCCUUGUUUAUCUGAUCGUGGAAGUGAGCAACACCCACAGCUCUUCCAUCCAUCCAGACAUGGCUCAUUGUGGACCUGCUUGUGCUGUGCCCUCUUGCGCCUCCGCCCCCGUGGUUGGCUUCGGAUCAGCUGGCUCCAAAGGUCUCGGUUGGGGACUUGGUUGUGGACCCCUUGGCUAUGGCGGUCUCGGCUAUGGUGGUCUCGGCUAUGGCGGUCUCGGCUAUGGCUGGGGUUACGGCCGUGGUUUGGGCUAUGGCUACGGAGCUGGCGCCUUGGCCGAGAGCUCCGGAAGCCUGGGUACCCUGGCCGGAGUCAUCCCCAAUUGCAUCAACCAGAUCCCACCAUCCGAGGUGACCAUCCAGCCCCCUGCAGUUGUGGUCACCAUCCCCGGCCCCAUCCUGUCCGCCAGCUGCGAGCCCGUGGCCGUCGGAGGCAACACCCCAUGCGCCCCCGGAGGUAUCGGAGGUACUGGAGGCUUCGGAGGUUACGGACGCAUCGGUGGCUUCUAUGGAGGCCGCCUGGGACGUCUCGGUCGCCGUGGCAGCAUCUGCUCCCUCGGGCGCAGAGGAAGCAUCUGCAACCUCCCCUGCUAA